CGCCAAUUUCGUCGCGUGUCGUCGCCGUCGCGUUGCCGUCAAUCAUUUAUCGUUUAUCGUCAAUCGUUGAUCGUUAAUCGCGCAAAAUGCCGAAGAUAUUCUUGAUUAAAAAUCGACUGCAUCAGCAGCAGCAACGUUUGUUGGAAUCACAGAAUUUGCUGCAACACAAGAGCCAGGAUGAUGAGCGGUGUCUGGUGCCACCUUUGAGUCCAAAUAAUGGUGGUGGAGGUGGCAGUGGCAGUGGCAGUGGUGCCGGACCUUCACCCACACCCACACCCUCACCACCGCCCACGGGACAACCCCCGGAGCCGCAAGGCCAAGGCCAAGGCCAAACGCAGGAUCAUGAUCAACAGCCACUGAGCCUAACGCGAAAGCGUUUCCAUCAUCGUCGCCACUAUUUUGGCCAAUCGCGAAACAGCCUCGAUUUGGGACACAAUCAAAACUCACAUCAAAAUCAAAUCAAUCAGAAUCUAAAUCAAAAUCUAAAUCAAAGUCCCGCGGAAUUGGAAGUGGAGCAGCGUUCAACAGGCCAAGUUCAAAAUGAAAACUUUGCUGCCGAAUUGUUGCAGCGCCUAAGCAACAACAACACCACUAGCACCAGCACCAGCACCACCACCGAGAGUAUUGUUAAUAAUAUUAAUAAUAUUCGCAGUAAUAGCCCAUCUGUAAAAGCCACCACCUCCGUUUUAGCCACAAAAGACUGCCAAGAAAGCGCCGCAAAAGCAAUAGCAGCAGCAGCGAUAGCAACAACAACAACAACGGCAAGUAGUAGCAUACCAAAGCAGGCGCACAAAGAGGACGACGAAGAUAAGGCGGAAGAAGAAGAAGCAGCAGCAGCAGUUGCAGUUGCGAAACAUUCAGAAGCAGAGCGAGAAAAGUCGUUAGAAGUAGAAGAAAACAGGGAGCAGGAGGAGGAGGACGACGAGGACGACGAAGACGACGAAGUUGAUGUGGGUGUGGAGACACCAACGCGUCCGCGUUUCUACAAUUCCGGCGUGGUUUUAACCCAAGCCCAGCGCAAGGAAUACCCCAAAGAGCCCAUUUCACCUGGAGUUUCCCUCCUCUCCCACCGCCACCGCCGCCGACGCCGCUCCUCGCCAACUUCACCUGCAUCUCGUUGCGCUUCCGAUUCCGACUCGGAUUCGGAUGGCGGCUGCAAGCUAAUCGUGGACGAGAAGCCACCACUGCCAGUGGAUAAACCCCUAUCGUUGCGCCUGCGCAGCACACCGCCGCCGGCGGAGAAGCGUCCCAGUCCGCCGCCGCCACGUGACCCGGCGCCUGCCGUCCGCUGUUCGGUUAUCCAGCGAGCGCCGCAGGCCCAACAGCAGCAGCAGCAGCAGCAGAGUCAGCCACGUGGAUCGUUCCUCCUGCCGCCGCUCGAUCAGCUUGGACCGGAGCAGCAGGAGCCCAUUGAUUAUCACGUUCCAAAGCGACGUUCGCCGUCGUACGAUUCGGACGAGGAGCUCAACGCCCGACGCCUGGAGCGUGCGCGUCAGGUGCGUGAGGCACGCAGACGUAGCACCAUCUUGGCCGCUCGUGUCCUUUUGGCACAGUCGCAGCGCCUGAAUCCCCGCCUGGUGCGUUCGCUGCCUGGCAUUUUGGCCGCUGCAGCGGGACACGGUCGCAAUAGCAGUAGUUCCACCAAUCAGGGUUUCCAAUCCUCCGGCUUUGGCAGCCAGAGUAGCUCCAGUUCGGGCCAAGGCGGUGCGGGUGGCAAUCAGGGCGCCGGCAGUGGUGCAGGUUCGCCGGGAGCGGGCGGCGGCGGCGGCGGCUUUGGUGCCGGAGCCGGUGGCGGCGGUGGCAUGGGCGGUGGUCGCGACGGACGCGGCAAUUACGGACCCAAUUCACCGCCCACUGGAGCACUGCCUCCGUUCUACGAGAGCCUGAAGAGUGGCCAACAGAGCACGGCUAGCAACAACACCGGACAGGGUUCCAACGGCAAUCAUCAUUUCAACGGCAAUCCGGCAAAUUUCCUUUCCAUACAGAACGCCGCUGCGGCAGCGUACAUCAUGUCGGCGGGCUCCGGUUCCGGUGGUGGUGGAUCGACGGCAGGUGGUUCUAAUGGAGGCGGUGGUGCAAGUGGUGCAGGUGGUGGUGGCAACACUGGCAGCAGCAACAACAACAACAGCAAUGGCUACAUCAAUUGCGCUGCUGGUGGUAAUAAUGCGGCCAGCAAUCUCGAUGCCUAUGGCAUUAUCCUGAAGGACGAGCCAGAUAUUGAGUAUGAUGAGGCCAAAAUCGAUAUUGGCACCUUUGCCCAGAACAUCAUUCAGGCCACGAUGGGCAGCAGCGGUCAGUUUAAUGCCACCGCCUAUGAGGAUGCCAUCAUGUCGGAUUUGGCAAGCUCGGGACAGUGUCCGAAUGGAGCGGUGGAUCCGCUACAGUUUACGGCCACGUUGAUGCUCAGCUCGCAGACGGAUCACCUGCUGGAGCAGCUGUCCGAUGCAGUGGAUCUGAGCUCCUUCCUGCAGCGCAGCUGUGUGGACGAUGAGGUGUCGACUAGUCCGCGUCAGGGUGACUUUGAGCUGGUAUCGACGCCCUCGCUGACGCCGGACUCGGUGUCAGUGACGCCCGUAGAGCAGCAUGGUGGCUCUGGCGGUGGCUCCAAUAGCAAUACCGCUCAGCUGGAUGCGUUGCACGAGAAUCUGCUGACCCAGUUGACGCACAAUUUGGCCAGGAAUAGCAGCCAGCAGCAGCAGCAGCAGCAGCAGCAGCAUGUCCAGCAGCAGCAGCAGCACGUGCAACAGCAGCAACAUGUCCAGCAUCAGCAACAUAAUGUGCAGCAGCAACAGCCACCGCCCUCGUAUCAGCAUGCCACUCGCAACCUGAUGAUGCAACAGCAGCCGCAGCAUGGUGGCUAUCAGCAACAGGGCAGCAUGUUAUCGCAGCAGCAGCAACAGCAGCAGCAGCAGCUUCUAAACCAGCAGCAGUCGCAUCAUCAGCAACAUGCUGCCUACCAGCAACAGCACAACAUGUAUGCACAACAGCAGCAGCAGCAACAUCACCAACAUCAGCAGCAGCAGCAUCACUUCCACCACCAACAACAGCAGUCGCAGCAGCAUCAUUCGCAUCACCAUGGACAUCAUGACAACAGCAACAUGUCCUUGCCCUCGCCAACGGCAGCAGCUGCUGCAGCGGCGGCGGCUGCUGCUGCUGCGGCCGCUGCUGCAGCACAUCUGCAGCGACCAAUGAGCAGCAGCAGCAGCACUGGCGGUUCCGGCAAUAGCAGCAAUAGCAGUGCCGCCGGUGGCAGCAACAGCAGCAACAGUGGUGCACAAUUGAUCGAUGCCAAUGCGGCGGCGGCAGCAGCAGCCGCUUUGCUGGAUACCAAGCCACUCAUUCAAAGCGUAAGUAGUCCAUCUAAGUUACAAUCAAUCUCAAACCAAUCUCAGCAGCAUCAGCACAAGCAAAUAACUUUGAUGACAACAACCACCACAUACACUGAGUUCGUCGAAAUGGUAUCCGUGGACUGUGUGAUGGUCAAACCCGAAUUGCAGCCCGAUCCAUCGACCGAAGAGUUUAUAGUCACAGAGAUAGCAGCCGAAGAGGAGCUGCCGGCUAAGGUGGAGGCGUCAACAUCAACAUCACCACCACCACCACCAUUAACAACAACAUAUACAAAAUUGAAGCCACAAUCACCGCAAGGAAGAGAGAAGGGCGGCCGGAAGAUGCGCGGCGGAAGGGCCAAGGCUGUGGCCUAUGGUUCCACCAUAAUUACAAUGAUAUCCACCCUAAAGCCCUCGCCGGAAGUGCCGGCCACUAAGACCGUGCAUCGGACAACGUUGAGAUCCUUGGCCUCGGCGUCGGCCGCCUCAGCAGCGGGCCUAAUGUCGCCAUCGCCCACGGUUUCGGUGUUGAAUGAGUGCAAGGUUUUGCAGCGGCGCUUGGGCCUGCCGCCAGAUCUACAGCUUGAAUUUGUUAACGGCGGACAUGGCAUCAAGAAUCCGCUGGCCGUGGAGAAUGCUCAUGGUGGCCAUCACCGUAUACGCAACAUUGAUUGCAUUGAUGAUCUCAGCAAGCAUGGCCACCACUCUCAGCAGCAGCAACAGCAACAGCAGCAGCAGCAGCAACAUCCACAGCUGGGCUCGCCGCAGCAGCAGCAGCAGCAAAGUCUGCAGCAGCAGCAACAAUCUCUACAACAGCAGCAAUCCCUUCAGCAGCAGCAGCAUCAUCAUCAUCACCAUCAGCAUCAUAGCAACAGCAGCGCCAGCAGCAAUGCCAGCAGUCAUGGCUCCGCGGAGGCUCUAUGCCUGGGCUCCUCGAAUUCUGGUGGCGGUGGCGGAGGAGCUGCCGAUGAGUCGAAUGGUAACAACAAGUUCGUCUGCCGUGUGUGCAUGAAGACGUUCUCGCUGCAGAGGCUUUUGAAUCGGCACAUGAAAUGCCAUUCGGAUAUCAAGCGUUACCUGUGCACCUUCUGUGGCAAGGGCUUCAAUGACACCUUCGACCUCAAGCGGCACACACGCACCCAUACGGGUGUGCGGCCCUACAAGUGUAAUCUCUGUGAGAAGAGUUUCACGCAGCGUUGUUCGUUGGAAUCGCAUUGCCAGAAGGUGCACAGUGUGCAGCAUCAGUAUGCGUAUAAGGAGCGCAGGGCCAAGAUGUACGUGUGCGAGGAGUGCGGCCACACCACCUGUGAACCGGAGGUGCAUUAUCUGCAUUUGAAGAACAACCAUCCCUUCUCGCCGGCGCUGCUCAAGUUCUACGACAAGCGACACUUUAAGUUCACCAACUCGCAGUUUGCCAACAAUCUGCUCGGUCAGCUGCCCAUGCCUGUUCACAAUUAGGGGGCAUGGAGGAGAUAAUACGAUAUGAUGGAUCAAGGAUCAAGGAAUAAUAACCAACUUUUGUUUUUAAACACAAUGUGACUUUGAAGUUUUUUGAAAACUGAAACUGCCGCCGUGGAUGGAAAACGGAAUGGAAUUUUUGGAGAUUAAUGUAUAUUUUUCUGCUUUAGCUUGUAAGGCUAUUAAUAGUUGUUAGUCCUAAGCUAUACUCACUCACUCACUCACUUACUUACUUUGCUGUGCAAAAAGACCCUUCACCCUCACCAACAACUACAACAACCACAACAACACACCACACACUUGAACCUUAAGUUUAAAGUUUUGAUGAUAGCUUGAUAGUUUUUCUAGUUAAAUCUUGAACUUUUCGUAUGAUUUUUUUAUUUUUUUUUUAGUCAAAAAGUUUAUGCUUAGA